GCCAAGGUCUGUGAACGCGCCUUCUACUGCCGUUUAACGAACUACGCUCAUUUGCUCUCGUUUCGUCGGGAGCAUCAUAAGUGAAAACCUAUAGGAGCUAUAGCUGUUUUCAGCAAGCACUAUUCGAGAGAAAAAUAAAUGGCCCGGUUGGUCCGACGUUCGCCAUCCAGCGUGAUGCGAGCUUUGUUUGCCAUCAGCACGGCACUGCAACUACUUCUGCUGGAUGCAGCGUCCGCCGUCCAGGAUCCACGGCUCCCCGACGAGAGUGCCAGGGUGGUCUACAGGCCCGAAAUUCUGUCGCUGCGCACUGGGGAGCGCAGGUUGUACGUACCGCUUCGGCGCAAGCCGGCCGCAUUUGAGUCCGUCGCCGGCGGUGCAAUAUCGCCGCCGUCCAACUGCACUUUCGAAGGCAACGUCUACGAGCAGGGCGUCAGCGGUACGGGCAGGGCGGUGGUGAUCGCCUGUCCCGGUGACCCAGAAGUGCACGCCAUCAUCAUCACUUAUCAGGGCGAGGCGAUUACAGUGGCGCCCAAUCGGAACCGCAGUGGCACGGCGGGCGUCGACGGUGAAGAUGAAGAAAGACACGUGGUGCGCCGCGUACCCUCAACGUCCAAGCUGCUGACCUCCUGGAGCAAGCUGUCCACCAGGAGACGCAGAUCUACUUCGUCCGGUGGACGUGCCAUUGAGCUGGCGGUGUUCGUGGACGCCGCGUUGAGUAACAACAGUCCAGACCAGAGCGAGCUGCACAAGCUCCUCUUAGCCAUGCUCGAACAGGUCCAACUCAUCCUGGAGUACAGGUCAUUGGGAACGCCGAUCAAGCUGAAUAUUGUCCACCUUGAGGUCCUCAACGCUGGGAAUGGACCUGCCACGGCUGGCGGUGAGGUCGGCAACUACCUGGACAACUUCUGCAUAUGGCAGUGCAGAAUGAACCAGCAAAGGGCAGCGCGAGGAAGCGGACGGUGGGACCAUGCAAUACUGCUGUCUGGACUGAACCUGCGCAGUGGCAACAACGACAAUGUCGUGGGCUUGGCGUUUGUGGGAGGCAUGUGCGAACGCCGCUUCAGCUGCACGAUCAUCCAAGCCGAGAGCUUUCAGGCUGCGCUGGAGGCAGCGCACGAGAUCGGGCACAACCUUGGAAUGGAACACGAUGGCACUAAAAACCGCUGCGACCCGGACCGAUUUAUCAUGUCUCCUGCAACGGGCCCAGGAAAGACCAGCUGGUCCGCCUGCUCAAGACAGUACCUGGAGGACUUUCUCGCGAGCCGGGGGUCUUCGUGCCUUGCGACCGAGGACAGUGAGCCGGUGGAGGAGCUGAGUGAAGACCCGCUUCCUGGCGAGCUGUUUCCGGCGGACGACCAAUGCAAGCUUGCCCUCGGAAAGCGUUACAGCGCAUACGCUUCGUCCAAGAGCCCUUUCAACGCAAGUGCUCCUUUGUACCAAUAG